GCUCGACCUGUGGAAAGACUACAACGCGCUCUACGGGGCCGUCAAUGGCGUCGAUUUUCUCCGCCCAGGCCUGUACGACGCCACGGUGGCGAACGUGAACAACAUCGUUUCAAAUUUCAUGGAGGCGCACUACUUGGCAACGAUGGAGCCGCACGUCUACAAGGAGGUGUUAUUCUGCUUGCUGAAGUUUUGCGUCCCCUGGACAUCGGACGACUCGCUUGGCGCGCAGGUGCACACCCACUGGCUAUUCACUGGACCGACUGCUACGAACAAGUACCUCCUCUGGCUCAACACCCCAAUGACAGGCUCGGUCCUGUACAAAGCGAAGGCCGCGCCCAAGGCGAAAGCCAAGGCCAAGACCAAGGCUGCUGGGGCGAAGCCCCCGCCGAUGAAGAAGGCAAAGAAGCAGCCUCUCGCGCCCGAGGAGGUGCUAACUCUGAUCACGACGGAUGCAUCCAGACUGAAGUGCUGGCUCGACGACCUGGCGUCUUGCGUUUUCGCACCGCUCGAGUUCCUGACGCCCGCUCAGAUCCAGACCGCAGACGUCCGCAAGGGCUUGGACAUUGGCCUGUUGUUCGGGCUCACGAAAGAGGUCAGGAUUGGCGGAACGACGCUCACUCAGUGGAAGCUGGUCCGCAAAGAGAUCAGGAUCAUGAUGAUCAAGGCGCAUGGCAAUUCCUUUCGCCAGGUGGAGCUGCCUGGCAUUCAGGACAGCACCACUGCCAGCUCGGAGCAAUUGACGACCGCUCUCAUCGAUGUCCUGGCCACUGGGGAGACGGAGGAGUCGGCUGCACCUGAGCCUGCCGACCCCGUCUUGUCGGAGUUGGCGAAGACCGUCCCGGAGGUCAGCGUGAUGCAGUCCAUGAAGGAAGACCAGGCCUUUGUCAGGGCCCUCUGCGCGUUCCUGGCACAGAACUUGGCUGGCCAGUCGCCCCCUAUCAUGAUGCCUGCGUUCAGGGAGUUCCAGGGCAAGAUCUACGAGAGGGUUGAGUCCUUGCAGCUUGGGACCUCCACCGACGACUCCAGCAAAGACCCCGUCAAGCUCGCGAAGCUCAUCACUAUGAUGGCAGAGGAAUUGUACAAGACGCUGCCUGCGAAGUGGCAGUCGUUCGCGCGGCACGUGAACGACAUCCAUGUUGGCAUGGAGCAGAACGCGAGGGACAAGACGAGCCUGGCCAGCGUGUCCGGAAAGGUGUUUGACACCCCCUACAAGUUGCAGCGCUUCCGCGGGCUCCGCAUACUAUUCUUCCGCGAAGCCAUUCAGGUUUUCGUUGCGGGCCCCGAGAAGAUGACCAAUCGCGACUACGGUCACGUCCUCGGCUGGGCGUAUGCGACCUUGAACACCAUCGUGCCCAUCAUCGAGAUGACCGCGGAGGGCAAGGAGGUCGGCGCCACCUUAUUUGCGUCUCGCAUGCAGGACAUAUUCAAGCACUCGCACGGGGAAGGUGACGCCGCCCUCGACACGCCCACCAUCACGAAGUAUCUUACGGACACCGCCAAUGCGGAGCAGGCCGCUGCGGAGGCAGCGGCCGACGCGGCCGCAGCGCUGGCACAGGCUCAGAAGAUGAUGGAUGCUGCGAACGGCGGCUGCGGCAAGGCAUUGCAGACGGGCACUACCAUCGACCCUUUCGCGGCCAUGAGCACCGUGACCCAUAUCCGAUCCAUGUGGGCGACUGAAGUUGUGAUUGGGGACGCAGGUGCUGCGGAGAGGAGCUCCAUCCCGGGCACGCAGAUGGCAAUGCUCGCGCUGAAAGUCCAGACCAAGCUCUUCGACCUCUGCUUCCACGCGCUGUCCCCGCAGACCCUGCCGCCAGACAGCGGCCUGGACCUGUGCAAAGGCGACUCGCUCAACGCGAACGUCGUCCUGUACGUCGAGAAGACCGAGGGGGCGGACAUCAACAACCUGGGCUUCAACAUGAUCGGCGAG